AUGACCCUGAGCACGGCUCAUGCCACUGACACUUGGUCUGCUAAGGGCGGAUGGUACCUUGUGUGUGCCUACUGCGCCUGGGAGACUAUUGCUCUCACGCUCUCGACGCUCUACUCCUUCGCCCAGCCAGUCGUGCAGGAGAAGUACGGUGUGGGCAAUGUCCAGAUCGUCACGCUGGGCCAGUCUAUGCAGAUCAUGGGCAACAUGCUCGGCGUUUCCCUGCUGAGUCCCCUCUCGGAUGUCUUUGGCCGCAGGCAAGUGACGAUAUUAUCCAUGCUGGCCUAUUCCUGCCUUAAUCUAGGCACAGCAUACGCGCCCAACCUCCCCACCCUAAUCUUCUUCAUGUUCCUAAGCGGCGCCGCCUGGUCAACCUCGCUCUCCCUCGUCCCCGCCGUCUUCAGCGACCUCUACCUCCACAGAGACGACAUUGGGCAGCCCAUCGCGCUCUUCGUCAUCGGCGCCAGCGUCGGACCUACCCUCGGCGGUGUCAUCGCGACGGCACUCAUGGACGCUGGCGCUGAUUUGAAGUGGUACUUUUUGGUCGCUGUCUUUGUUAGUGCUGCGUGCGCUGUGCCCAUGUCAUUCGUGCCGGAGUCGUUGAAUGCGGCCCGGGUCGGCGAGAUUAAGGAUAGUAUGGCUGCCGUUCCGGUUCUACAGUCUAAGCUUGACGCUGGUCCGACGCACGGCCCCGGACAAACCCGGCACUCGGGGUGGUAUUUUGUGACGAGGGUGUGGUAUCUUCUCGCUACGGAGCCGAUUAUGUGGAUCACGGGUAUCUACAACGGCCUUGCUAAUGGUGUCUUUGUCCUCACUGUUGGGGGUUCCAUCACAACCCUGACGGAGUUCAAGGGUCUUGCUCUCAUGGACGCCGCCACCUCAAUCAUCUUCAUGGCCAUCGGUGUGGUACUCGUAUGGUUCGUCAUGCCCAUCCAAACCCGCCUCUACCGAGAAGACAAGGCGCGACACCACGGCCGAGCCCUCCCGGAGUCACGACUUCUGCUCAUCCAGGACGUAAUCUGGAUGUUCCCCGUCGCCUUGGCAUGGUCUGCUUUCACGGGUGGCGAGGCGUGGGGCAAAUGGCAUCAGGCCGUGACGGGUGGCGUCGUUGCCUUUACAGACUCAUUUUUGUACCAGUGUCUCUUGAUUUACAUUCUGGAUCUGUACCCAGAAGAAGCCGCGUCCGCUACGGCGGCCUGGCUUAUACCCUGUUUCCCUGUACAGGCUGCGGCGGUGCACUUUGGUGUCCCCCUGUUCCAGAAGCUUGGCCCCGAAUGGGCGUUUGGUCUGCUGGCUGUCUUUACUGCCGGCUUUGUAGUGCCUGGGUUCUACGCGAUUAUGCGGUUCGGUCCGAGAAUGCGCGGGAGUUCCCCUACGACUAAGAAGGGCUUCCGGCUUUGA